AUGACUCUAACUGGGUAUCCAAGGCUCUAUAGCACCAAGGAUGCGAAACCUUCACUAACUCAUAUUGAUGAGGCUGGUAAAGCCAAAAUGGUGGAUGUAGGCAACAAAGCGAUCACUAACAGAACUGCUGUUGCUGUUGGACAAGUUUUUCUUGGAGCUGAAGCAUUCAAACUCGUCAGUGAAAAUAAAAUGAAAAAAGGGGACGUACUGAGCACUGCUCAAAUCGCUGGCAUCAUGGCUGCUAAAAAUACAUCCAAUUUGAUACCUUUGUGUCAUAACAUAAACAUUAAUAAGGUAGUUGUUGAGUUAGAGUUAGAUACAAAUGAACACAGGGUUAAUAUCAAAGCUACUGUAAGUAAUUCAGGGAAAACUGGUGUAGAAAUGGAAGCGUUAACUGCUGUUUCCAUUGCAGCUCUUACAGUAUAUGAUAUGUGCAAAGCGGUCACACAUAAAAUGCUAAUUUCAGAUAUCAAAUUACUCAGUAAAACAGGUGGACAAAGAGGAGACUAUCAUCACACCUGA